UGGUAAAAAAUAGAUAGUACAAAAUUAAAUGUAAAAUAUAAUAUUUUUAUAAAUGGGAUGUGACUUUAUUUUUACGUUAUAAUAAUUUCUCUGAGAUUUAUUUAAAUUUAUAGAAGUUGUUUACCCGUAGAGAAAACAGUUAAAUGCGCAAUUUAAACGCAAAAUCGUAGUAUACGUACUGCAAGCAUGUAAAUACAAUUAAAAAUUAAAAAUUAACCUUAAAUUUAAAUUAAAAGUUAACCUUACUUUUACUGUUUAAUGAUUAUAAGGUUUCUGUAAAAUUGAUUCUACUUUUUGUUUCUUGAUUAAUGUGAAUGCAUGAAUAUCGAGAGAAGUAUUAUGCUAUCAACGUAUCUCGAUGUUGACGGGGCAUUGUAUUUAUCAGUAAGGAAAAGCUUUUAAAAAAGAAAAAUUAUUAGGGAAGAAGGAAUUGCAAUUUUGUAUUUAAAAGAUUAAAACCUAAAAAAUGAGUUCUCACCAUGAAUUAAAUAUAUCAGUAGAACAUCCAAUUUCUGGUGACAUAAAUCAUAUUAACACACUUUCUAAGGAUAUUGGUGCUCUCUAUCUCUCAGAUGAUUACUCAGAUGUAACUUUAAUUGUUGGUGGACAAAGAUUUAAUAGCCACAAAAUCAUUUUAGCUGCACGUAGCCAAUAUUUCAGAGCCCUUUUGUUUGGAGGUUUAAAAGAAUCCACACAACAUGAAAUUGAGUUAAAAGAUGCUAAUUUGACUGGGUUUAAAGGCCUACUUGAGUACAUCUAUACAGGACGAAUGUCUCUUACAGACCGACGUGAGGAGGUUGUGUUGGAUAUUCUUGGAUUAGCACAUCUUUAUGGAUUUUCAGAAUUGGAAGCUUCUAUAUCAGAUUAUCUUAGAGAAAUAUUAAAUAUAAAAAAUGUCUGCCUCAUAUUUGGUGCAGCACUUCUUUAUCGACUAGAAUUUCUUACCAAGGUUUGUCAUGAAUACAUGGAUGAACAUGCAUGUGAAGUAAUUCAACAUGAAAGCUUUUUGCAAUUAAGUGCUGAUGCUUUGAAUGAACUUGUCUCAAGAGAUUCCUUUUAUGCACCAGAGAUUGAUAUCUUUUUAGCUGUACGAGCAUGGGUAAAUGCAAAUCCUGAUGCAGAUGGCAAAACUGUUUUAGAUAAGGUACGAUUAAACUUAGUUUCAAUCACGGAUCUUUUAAAUGUUGUUCGCCCAACUGGAUUAAUUUCUCCGGAAGCAAUCUUAGAUGCAAUAGCUGCAAGAACGCAAACACGUGAUUCAGAUCUUAAUUAUCGUGGUCGGUUACUUAUUGAUGUAAAUGUUGCUCAUCCUAUACAUGGUGCUCAAGUCCUACAGGGUGAAAUGCGUAGCUAUCUUUUAGAUGGUGAUACAAAUAAUUAUGAUAUGGAACGAGGGUAUACCAGACACACUAUUACUGAAUCACGAGAACAUGGUAUUUUAGUCAAGUUAGGAACUCAAUGCAUCAUCAACCAUAUAAAAAUGUUGCUUUGGGAUAAAGAUAUGCGUUCAUAUUCUUACUAUUUAGAAGUAUCCAUGGAUCAAAAAAAUUGGGUUCGAGUUAUUGAUUAUACAGAAUACUUUUGUCGUAGUUGGCAAUACUUAUACUUUGAACCGAGAAUAGUUCUUUAUAUUCGUAUUGUUGGGACAAAUAAUACCGUAAACAAAGUUUUUCAUCUUGUAAGUUUUGAAGCAUAUUAUACAAAUCAUACAGAAAAGUUCUAUAAUGGUUUUGUUAUUCCAACACGAAAUGUUGCUACUAUGGAUCAGAGUGCAACUGUUACAGAAGGUGUUUGUAGAUCUCGGAAUGCUCUCUUAAAUGGUGAUACUUCAAAUUAUGAUUGGGAUAGUGGUUACACGUGUCAUCAAGUUGGAUCUGGUUCUAUUUUAGUACAACUUGGACAACCGUACAUUAUAGAUUCUAUGCGAUUAUUACUUUGGGACUGCGAUGAUCGUUCGUAUUCUUAUUAUAUAGAGGUAUCCGGUAAUUCUUGGAGUUGGGUUCUAGUUGGUGAUAAAACCAGAGAAGCUUGUCGUUCAUGGCAAACAAUACACUUUGAACCUGCUCGUCCUGUCGUUUUUAUACGUAUUGUUGGAACACACAAUACAGCAAAUGAGGUUUUUCACUGUGUCCAUUUUGAAUGCCCUGCUCAAACAAAUGAUAAAGUUGUAAGUAAAUCAUUGAUGCACAAAGAAAAGCAAUUAAAAACUCACGAUUCUACGAUUUGGUCAGUGUCACUACCCCCAGAAACAGCUACAGAAGCAGUUAAUAUUGAUCAAGAAGAAAUAAAUUCUACAGAUAGCAAUAUUUUUUAAGACAUUAACCAUUUGGGAACAAGUCAUUAUGCAAAAUUUCAUUGAUAGUUCAAGAAUUAUGAACUAAGUACUUUCGUUUUUUUAUUUGAACUUCCUAUAUAUUAAAGGUUUAAGUGCUUGUAUAGUAUAGAGAUAUAAGUAUCACAUAAUGAUAUAUAAUUGUAAAAAUAAUUGUAAAAUAAAUUUUUUAAUUAAAAUAAAUUUUUAAUUUAGUCAAA